UUUAACUCAAUGGCCGCUUCCUUGUUCAACAUGUCCUCGUCGUUAGAUCUGUUGGAACAUUUUCAGACACCGUGUACUGUUUUAUUCACCGCGUAUAUUUUCUUGUACGUGUUCGCAAUCAUAGUAUACAUACCCAUCUUGUGGCGGAAGAGAUCACGUGUGUCUGAGCCGAAAGACAAUGCAAACGUUCUAUUCAUAACCGCUCACCCAGACGAUGAGUGUAUGUUUUUUGCUCCAGCAAUCCUGGGUGUAGAAUCCCAUUCAUCAUUGCUUUGUUUUACAACAGGAAAUUAUGACCAGAAAGGUGAUUUGAGAAAGAAGGAGGUAUUGAAGAGUUGUUCUGUGUUGGGUAUGUCUCCACAGCAGGUGACAGUACUAGAUAUCAGAUCCUUGCCAGACAGUCCGAAGGUGCAGUGGGAUAGACAGCAAGUCUGUAGUGAGAUCCUCCGCCACUGCAUACAACACAGAGUGAAGAAGAUUUAUACGUUUGACGGGUAUGGGGUGAGUGGUCACAGCAACCAUAGAGAGCUGUACAAGGCUGUGAGACAUCUAAAGAUUGACAGAAAAGAGCUACAAGACAUUGAGUGCUACAGCUUACAGAGUGUCAACCUGCUUCGUAAAUACACCUCACUGUUAGAUCUGCCCUACAGCGUGUACACAGCUGACGUAGUGUAUGUGUCGUCUCCAUCUCAGGUCCUUACAGCUCAGAGAGCGAUGUACACCCACUGGAGUCAGUUCGUGUGGUUCCGGAUCCUCUUCAUAUUCUUCUCCAGAUAUCUUAUUAUUAAUACUUUUACAAAAAUCGAUGUUUAUAAACAGUUCAAUAAACAUUCAUGAAAAAU